CAUGGGUCGACAACAACCAGUGGCAUAUCAAGUAAUCAUCCUGCUGAUAUUCGUGAGCUAUUCAGUGGAAGUUCAAUACGAAUUCGUCUCGGAUAAUGAAUAUGUAAUGAGUGAUUGCCAGGAUAACCCUAAGGGAGCUCUCGGUUUCGAUUCCUUGUUCGAUAUGUCCGAACUAACCUUAACUAUGAGUGAUGACGGAGUAAAAAUACAAGGAAAUGUAACUUCUAUUUGGGAUAUUAAACCAACGGACCGCAUACAGGGUUCUUUCAGCGUCCUCUAUUUUGACCGCGGUAGUUGGCAACCAACCAUACUCAACAUAGUUACGAAGGAAUUCUGCGAUGUAAUGUACGACGAGAGACAACUCUGGUACAAGUUCUGGACCAAACACGUAGUAAAUUCAAAAGACGUAAAGGAUAAGUGCUUGAAUGUGCCUGGGACGAAGUUAGUAAUGGAAACAUUUCUUACAACUGCUGUGUUUGGGUUCGAUGUACCACUAAGAGAAGGGCGCCACAAGUUUAAGAUGGAUUUUCGUGCAUUCGACGAGAAUAAUGUACAGCGUGAAAAUAGCAUUUGUUUUGAAAUGACGGGCGAGUUUUAUAAGAUUUAAAUCAAACUAUAAAAUAAUAUAGUUCUCCUGUGCACUCGCCUGCUUGAUUUCAUGACAGUAUCAAAAGCAACAAUAAAAUACCAUCGAUGUUCCACGAUUUAUCAA